AUGUCUGCACUCUGCCUCGAGCGAGCGAUCGAGUCCAUCGGGGACGAUGUCCGAAGAGGAAUCAGCGGAGCUUUUGGGCCGGCCCUUCCUUCGGAGGGUGCCUUCGAACCCCGUGGGGUUGGAUUUGAACCUCCGUCCCAGGCCGAGGCAUCACUUCACACCCAAACGGUCGCAUCUCGCACGUUACAGCCGCAAAGGGCGGACGCACGCCUUCUCGGCCGAGCUGCGAGUCUGUUUCGUAUCUCACCUGCGGAACAGGAUGGAGGACCUCGGGGGUUUCAUGCGCCACGUGGACGUCGAUUCCUUCUCACGGCUGAGGGUGGAUCGUGCUUCUGCAGGCUUGAAGUUUCGCGUGCAUUUCAUGUGCCUUCGAUGUUGCCUCUGAGUGACUAUCUCCGGUUCAUGCGCAACGCGCAAAAUCCUUCAAACUCAUCCGUAAUCGAUUGGUAA